AUGCAGUCCGACUUGGACCUAGGAGCUGCUGUUAUUUUAGAACUCCAUUCAAGAUUACCAGAAGAGUUAGGACCGUACAACUUAUACUUUGAUAAUUUUUUCACUGGUUUGCCUCUUCUCAAAUAUUUGCGAGAGCAAAAUGUUGGGGGCACGGGUACUGUUCGGGAAAACCGGUUAGAGAAUUGUAAUUUGCCAUACUCAAAGGACAUGAAAAAAGAGCCAAGAGGUAAGCUAUGUCAUAAAGCUUCUAAGGAAAUUAUUGCAGCUAAGUGGCAUGACAAUAGCAUCGUCACCAUUGCAUCCAACUGCCACGGAUUGGAUCCUAUCACAAAAGUGGAUCGGAUUGGAUUUGUGGAUAAAAAACGAGCUAAAAUUCAAGUUGAUUGCCCAGCCGUCAUCAAGAUGUACAAUAAGUACAUGGGUGGGGUAGACCGCUUUGACGAAAACGUUGACUCCGCGGCAAAAAGUGGUGGUUCCCUUUGUUUGCUUUUGGCCUGGAUGCAGCUUGUCAAAAUGCAUGGCUGA